AUGGGUUCCCUGAGAAGCUGGUGGACGCUGUGGGCCGGAGCCACCCUCCUGUGGGGGUGGACCCAGGAGGCAGCUGUGGAGCCCAGGAAUCCUGGGGGGCAGGAAUUCCUCACGGCCUUCCUGCAGAAUUACCAGCCCGAGUACAGCGCCGCCUCCCUCCACCUGCUCGUGUCCAGCCUAUCGGAGAGUCCGGCCUUGGUCUCCGUGCUCAGCCAGGCCGACGAAACCUCGCAGACGGUCACAGUAAAGCCGGGGGAGUCAGUCGUGGUCAACAUCAGUGCCGCGGCUGAGAUGACCGGCAGCAACAUCUUCCGGCAUGCGGUUGUGGUCCGCUCCGACCACCGCGUCGCCGUGCAGGCCCUCAGUGCCAAGCCCAGCACGGCGGAGCUGACCCUGCUGCGGCCGGUCAGCGCCCUGGGCACUGAGUACUUCGUGCUCACACCCCCGGGUACCUCAGCCAACAGCCUCAGGGAGUUUGCUGUGGUGGCUGGCGCAGCAGGUGCCUCGGUCAGUAUCACCCUGAAGGGGGCAGUGACGUUCCGGGACAAGAUCUACCCAGCAGGCGAUGUGCUGGACGUGACCCUGCAGCCCUAUGAGGUGGCUCAGGUACAGGGCGAAGUUGAUCUCUCGGGAUCAAAGGUCACAGCCAGUAGCCCUGUGGCUGUCCUCUCGGGCCACAGCUGUGCCCAGAAACACACAAACUGCAACCACGUGGUGGAGCAGCUGCUGCCCACGUCCGCGUGGGGCACCCAGUAUGUGGUGCCCCCACUGGCCUCCCAGAGCCGCUACGAUCUGGGGGUGGCACAGACAAAGGCGGUCAGCGGGCUGACCAUGGAUGGAGACACGCUGAAGGCCACGCUCCCCUGGGUGGCUGUGCCAGGCAGUGAGUUCUCAUAUGCUGAAGUGGACCUUGGCACAGCUAACAGGAUUCACACAGUCAACGCCAACACCGACAUCGGGCUGCUCACGUUCGGGCUGGGCCAGGCUGUGGGCUACGGGACAGCAGCUUCCUGCGGCCAAAGCCUGGUGUCCUCGGAGGAGCCCUCCUGUGAAGGCGUGACAUGCGCGGCAGGGGGGCAAUGCCAGGUGGUGGACGGGAAGGCCGUGUGCGUGGCAGAGUCCACGGCCGUGUGCCGCGCCCAGGGCGACCCCCACUACACCACCUUCGACGGCCGGCGCUAUGACAUGAUGGGCACCUGCUCCUACACAAUGGCUGAGCUGUGUGGCUCGGACGAGAACCUACCUGCCUUCAGCGUGGAGGCCAAGAACGAGCACCGGGGCAGCCUCCUGGUCUCCUACGUGGGCUUGGUCACCGUGCGCGCCUACAACCACGCCGUGACACUGGCCCGUGGGGAGGCCGGCUUUGCUCGGAUCGACAACCAGCGCUCAGGCCUGCCAGCCUCCCUGAACAAGGACCGCCUGCGGGUGUAUCAGAGCGGGACCCGGGCCGUGGUGGAGCUGGACUUCGGGCUGGUGGUCACCUACGACUGGGACGCUCAGCUGACCGUGAGCCUGCCCGCCAAAUUCCGAGACCAGGUGUGCGGGCUGUGUGGCAACUACAAUGGUGACUCCGCCGACGACUUCCUCACACCCGACUGGGAACAGGCCUUGGAUGCCCUGGAGUUUGCCAACAGCUGGAAACUGGACGAUGGGGAUCCCCUGUGUGAUGACGGCUGCCAGGGCAACUGUCCCUCCUGCACCGCAGCCCAGACCGAGCAGUACAAGGGCGACCAUCUGUGUGGCAUGCUGACCCUGGCUGAGGGCCCCUUCGCCUCCUGCCAUGAGGUCCUGGACCCCCAGUCCUUCCUGGAGGAUUGUGUGUAUGACCUGUGUGUGACGGGCGGGGAGCGGCUCAGCCUGUGCCGCCUCCUCAGCACAUACGCCCAGGCCUGCCAGGAGCUCGGCGUCUCUGUCACGGACUGGAGAUCGUCAGCCAGCUGCCCCUUGUCCUGCCCUGCCAACAGCCGCUACGAGCUCUGUGGCCCCGCCUGCCCCGCCACCUGCAACUCAGUCGCAGCACCGUCUAACUGCUCUGAGCGUCCGUGCGUGGAGGGCUGCGUGUGCCUUUCGGGUUUCGUGGCCAGCGGCGGCGCCUGCAUCCCUGAGUCGUCGUGCGGGUGCACCUUCGAGGGCCGCCUACUGGCGCCUGGCCAGGAGGUUUGGGCCGACACCCUAUGCAGACAGCGCUGCACCUGCGAUGGCACCACCCACCAGGUGAGCUGCCAAGACACGCAGGGCUGCCCGGACGGCGAGCGCUGCCGCGUGGAGAACGACCUCCUGGGAUGCUACCCCGACAGCUUUGGCAGCUGCCAGGCCUCUGGGGACCCGCACUAUGUGAGCUUUGAUGGCCGGCGCUUCGACUUCAUGGGCACCUGCACCUACCUGCUGACGGGCUCCUGUGGCCAGAACACGGCACUGCCCAGCUUCAGCGUGCUGGUGGAGAAUGAGCACCGGGGCAGCCAGACCGUGAGCUACACACGUGCUGUACAGCUGAACGUCUAUGGGGUGGAGGUGGCCGUGAGCCGGAAGUACCCUGCGCAAGUGCUGGUGGAUGGCGUCCUGAAGAACCUGCCUUUCCAAGCAGCCGACGGGCGGGUGCAGCUGUUCCGCCAGGGCAACAGUGCUGUCAUGCGCACGGACUUUGGUCUGACUGUCACCUACAACUGGGAUGCCCAGGUGACCGUCAAGGUGCCUAGCAGCUACGCGAAGGCCCUGUGUGGACUCUGUGGGAACUUCAAUGGGGACCCCAGCGACGACCUGGCUCUGCGCGAUGGGAACCAGGCUGCCAAUGCGCUGGACUUCGGGAACAGCUGGCAGGAGGCGACGAGUGCUGGCUGCGGGGCGAGUGAGGCUGGGGACUGUCCCACGCUAGACUCGCAGGUGGCCCAGCAGCUGCAGAGCAAGAAGGAGUGUGGGAUCCUUGCUGACCCCGAAGGACCCUUCCGGGACUGUCACAAGAAGCUAGACCCCCAGGGUGCCGUGCGCGACUGUGUCUAUGACCUCUGCCUGCUGCCCGGCCAGUCUGAGCUACUGUGUGACGCUUUGGCCACAUACGCUGCCGCAUGCCAGGCUGCUGGGGCCACCGUGGAGCCCUGGAGGAGCGAGGAGCUUUGCGGAGCACAGGACACUAGAAAAUCCGUGGGUGUUUUUGGUGUGCAUGUGACUUUUGAGCGGCUGAUUCUAUCAGGCCCUUCUUCCAUCUUUUUGGGAGCAGAGAACUGGAAGGAAUUUUUUGCCCAUAAUGAGCCCUGUGGGGCUGACUCUGUCCUGUUUCCAUUGUACAAGAUGAAGAAGUGCCCAGAGAUGGUGACACGGAGCUGCCCAGAGCACAGCCACUACGAGUCCUGUGCCCGCGGCUGCCCGCUGAGCUGCGGGGACCUCCCGGUGUCCGGGGGCUGUGGCUCGGAAUGCUACGAGAGCUGCGUGUGUGACGAAGGCUUUGUGCUCAGCGGCGAGUCCUGCGUGCCCCUGGCCUCCUGCGGCUGCGUAUACCAGGGCUCCUACUACCAGCCAGGCCAGACCUUCCGCCCUGGCCCCGGGUGCGACUCCCUGUGCCACUGCCAGGAGGGUGGCCUGGUGUCCUGUGAGGACUCCUCCUGCGGCCCGCAAGAGGAGUGCCAGCUGUCUGGUGGCGUCCUGGGCUGCGUGGUUGUGGGCUCUGCCACGUGCCAGGCAUCCGGAGACCCCCAUUAUGUCACGUUCGAUGGCCGCCGCUUCGACUUCAUGGGCACCUGUGUGUACGUGCUGGCUCAGACCUGCGGGACCCCGCCCGGCCGGCCCCAGUUCACCGUCCUGCAGGAGAACGAGGCCUGGGGCAACGGACAGGUCAGCGUGACCAAAGCAAUCACAGUCCUGGUGGGCAACCACACCAUACAUCUGGAGCAGAGUCAGCAGAAGGUCGCGGUGGACGGCGUGGACCUCAAGCUACCGGUGGAGCUGGACGAGGGCGAGAUCCGCAUCUACCAGCACGGCUCGGACGUGGUGAUCGAGACCGACUUCGGCCUGCGCGUGGUCUACGACCUCAUGUACUACGUGCGGGUCACCGUCCCGGGCAACUACUACCAGCAGAUGUGUGGCCUCUGUGGCGACUACAACGGCAAGGCCGAGGACGACUUCCAGAAGCCCAACGGCUCUCAGGCAGCCAACCCCAACGACUUCGGCAACUCCUGGGAAGAGGCCACGCCGGGCUCGCCCUGCCAGCCGCCCCCUGAGUGCGACUCGGAUGAAGAUUGCAAGUGCACCCCCGAGCUGGAGGAGCAGUACAAGAAGGAGGAGUUCUGUGGGCUGCUCACCAGCUCCACGGGCCCGCUGUCCUCCUGCCACGAGCUGCUGGAUCCCCAGAACGCCUUACUAGACUGUGUCUUCGACCUCUGCCUGGGUGGUGGGAACCAGAGCAUCUUGUGCGGCCACAUCCACGCCUACGUGAGCGCCUGCCAGGCAGCUGGAGGCCAGGUUCAGCCCUGGAGGAGUGAAAAGUUCUGUCCGAUGGAGUGCCCCUCGCACAGCCACUAUGAGCUGUGCGCAGACACCUGCUCCCUGGGCUGCUCGGCUCUCAGCGGCUCUGUGCAGUGCCCGGAUGGCUGUGCUGAGGGCUGUCAGUGUGACUCGGACUUCUACUACAACGGUGAAGCCUGCGUGCCCAUCCAGCAGUGUGGCUGCUACCACAACGGUGUCUACUACGAGCCAGAGCAGACGGUACUGACUGACAACUGCCAGCAGCAGUGCGUGUGCCACUCAGGCACAGGUGUGACGUGUCAGGAGCACAGCUGCAAGCCGGGGCAGGUGUGCGAGCCCUCGGGAGGCGUCCUGAGCUGCGUCUCCAAAGACCCGUGCCAAGGUGUCACGUGCCGGCCCCAGGAGACCUGCAAGGAGCAGGAUGGCCAGGGCGUGUGUGUGCCCAACUACAACGCCACGUGCUGGCUGUGGGGUGACCCACACUACAACACCUUCGACGGCCGGGCCUUUGACUUCCAAGGCACCUGCAACUACAUUCUGGUGCAAGUUGGCUGCCCAGGGGCAGACGCUGAGGGCCUGACACCCUUUACCAUCACCACCAAGAAUGAGAACCGGGGUAACCCCACUGUGUCCUUUGUGAAGGAGGUCACCGUGUCUGUCUUGGGCACCAACAUCUCCAUCCACAAGGGCGAGACGGGCAAAGUCAGGGUGGACGGCGUGCUGACGACGCUGCCUGCCUCCGUGGCCGGUGGGCGGAUUUACGUGUACCAUGGCGUGUGGAAGGCUGUGCUGGUGACAGACUUCGGGCUGCAGGUUACCUAUGACUGGGACAAUCGCGUGGAGGUGAUCCUGCCCAGCAGCUAUCACGGCGCUGUCUGUGGGCUCUGCGGAAACCUGGACGGUGACCCCAACAACGACCAAGUCUUUCCCAACGGCACAGCCGCUCCCUCCAUACCCGCUUGGGGCAGCAGCUGGCGGGCCCCAGGCUGGGACCCGCUAUGCUGGGAUGAGUGCCAGGGCUCCUGCCCGACGUGUCCUGAGGACAUGUUGGAGAAGUACCAGGGCCCUGGCUUCUGCGGCCCCCUGGUCCCCGGGACCGAGAGCCCCUUCGCCGACUGCCACUCCCAUGUGUCCCCCGACAGCUACUUCCAGGGCUGUGUCCUGGACGUGUGCCUGAGUGGUGGGGCUCAGGACAUACUUUGCCAGGCACUGGCUAGCUAUGCGGCUGCCUGCCAGGCCGCCGGCGUCGCCAUCCAGGACUGGAGGGAGCAGGCCGGCUGUGGGGUCUCCUGCCCCGAAAACAGCCACUACGAGCUCUGUGGCUCACCCUGCCCAGCCAGCUGCCCGGCCCCUGAGUCCGCCAAGACCUCGGCCCUCUGUGAGGGUUCCUGCGUGGAGGGCUGCCAGUGCGACACUGGCUUCGUGUUGAGCGCUGGGCGCUGCGUGUCCCUGGAGAGCGGCUGCGGCUGCUGGGCUAACGGCACCUACUACGAGACCGGCAGCGAGUUCUGGACGGACGCCACAUGCUCCCAGCGGUGCAGCUGUGGGGCUGAGGGCGGCUCGCUCCUCUGCACGCCUGCCAGCUGCGCCAAGGGCGAGGCAUGCGCCCUGCUGUCCUCGGGCCAGUACGGCUGCCAACCAGUGAGCACCGCGGAGUGCCAGGCCUGGGGCGACCCCCAUUACGUCACCCUGGACGGGCACCGAUUCGACUUCCAAGGCACCUGCGAGUACCUGCUGAGUGCGCCCUGCGCUGCGCCGCCGGCCGGGGCUGAAAACUUCACCGUCACCGUCGUCAACGAGCACCGGGGCAGCCAGGCUGUCAGCUACACCCGCAGCGUCACCCUGUAUAUCUACGACCACCGCCUGACCCUCAGCGCCAGCUGGCCUCGGCAGCUACAGGUGGACGGCGAGUUCGUGACGCUGCCCUUCCAGCUGGACUCGCGCCUGAACGCGUACGUGAGCGGCGCCGACGUGGUGGUGACCACGGCCGCCGGGAUCUCGCUCAGUUUCGACGGGGACAGCUUCGUGCGCCUCCGUGUGCCGGCGGCCUACGCGGGCGCCCUCUGCGGCCUGUGCGGGGACUACAACGAGAACUCGGCCGACGACCUGGCCGCGGUGGACGGGAAGCCCGAGGGCUGGCAGGUGGGCGGUGAGCCGGGCUGCGAAAAGUGCGAGCCCGAGCCAUGCCCGGAGCCGUGCACGCCCGAGGAGCAGGAGCCCUUCGGCGGCCCCGACGCCUGCGGCGUGAUCAUGUUCCGCAAAGGCCCGCUGGGGCCCUGCCACUGCAUCGUGCCGCCGGAGCAGUACUUCCAGGCCUGCCUGCUGGACGCCUGCCAGGCCCAGGGCCAUCCGGGAGGCUUCUGCCCUGCGGUGGCCGCCUAUGUGGCCGCCUGCCAGGCCGCCGGGGCCGAUAUUGGCGAAUGGAGGCAGCCGGACUUCUGUUCCAUCCAGUGUCCAGCCAACAGCCACUACGAGCUCUGCGGCAACUCCUGCCCUGUGAGCUGUCCCAGCCUCUCGGCGCCUGAAGGCUGUGAGCCAACCUGCCGCGAAGGCUGCUACUGCGACGCCGGCUACGUGCUCAGCGGUGACACAUGUGUCCCCCUGGGCCAGUGCGGCUGCCUCCACGAGGGCCGCUACUACCCACUGGGCGCAGCCUUCUACCCGGGGCCUGAGUGCGAGCGACGCUGUGAGUGCGGCCCAGGGGGCCAAGUCAGCUGCAAGGAGGGCGCGGCCUGCGGGCCUUAUGAGGAGUGCCGGCUGGAGGAUGGCGUCCAGGCCUGUCACCCCAAAGGCUGUGGCCGCUGCCUGGCCAAUGGAGGCAUCCACUACCUCACCCUGGACGGACGCGUCUACGACCUGCAUGGCUCCUGCUCCUACAUCUUGGCCCAGGUCUGCGACCCGCAGCCCGGGGAUGAGGACUUCACCAUCGUCCUGGAGAAGAACGCGGCUGGAGAGCCGCAGCGCGUGCUGGUUACCGUGGCUGGCCAGGUCGUGGGCCUGGCCCGGGGACUGGAGGUCACCAUCGAUGGUGAGGUGGUGGACCUGCCCGUGGCCGUGGGCCACGUGCGGGUGACCGCCGAGGGCCGAAACCUGAUCCUGCAGACAACCGAGGGGCUGCGGCUUCUCUUUGACGGCGACGCCCACAUCCUCAUCUCCAUCCCCAGCCCCUUCCGCGGUCGGCUCUGCGGCCUGUGUGGCAACUUCAACGGCAACUGGAGCGACGACUUCCAGCUGCCCGACGGCUCGGUGGCCCCCAGCGUGGAGGACUUCGGGGCAGCGUGGCGGGCACCCGGCUCCCCUCAGGACUGCACCGAGGGCUGUGGGGCCCAAGGCUGCCCCGUGUGCCUGGCGGAGGAGACGGCGCCCUACGAGAGCAGCGAGCUCUGCGGGCAGCUGCACGACCCCAGCGGCCCCUGGGCCGCCUGCCACGAGGUGCUGAGUCCCUCCGAGUACUUCCGCCAGUGCGUGUAUGACCUGUGCGCCCAUAAGGGCGACCGGGCCUUCCUCUGCCGCAGCCUGGCCGCCUACACAGCCGACUGCCAGGCGGCCGGCGCAGCCGUGAAGCCCUGGAGGACAGACAGCCUCUGCCCACUGCAGUGCCCGGGUAACAGCCACUACUCCAUCUGCACCUACUCCUGCCAGGGCUCCUGCGCAGCGCUCUCUGGCCUCACGGGCUGCACCAGCCGCUGCUUCGAGGGCUGUGAGUGUGACGACCGUUUCCUGCUCUCCCAGGGCGUCUGCGUCCCUUCCCAGGAGUGUGGCUGCACCCACAAUGGCCGGUACUUGCCUGUGAACUCCUCCCUCCUGUCCUCAGACUGCAGCGAACGCUGCUACUGUUCCCCAGACGCAGACCUGCAGUGCUAUGAGGCCAGCUGCCAGGCGGGCAGCGUCUGUGAGGUCCAGAACGGGGACCGGGUCUGCCAGGCCUCCGACGCCCAGUGUACCCUCUUCGCGGGCUCCAACCUCACCACCUUUGAUGGGGCCCUCAGUGCCUUCAACUCCUCUGGUGUCUACGAGCUCUCCUUCCGUUGCCCCGGACUACAGACCCCCUGGUAUCGUGUGGUGGCUGCCAUCCAGUCCUGUGCUGGCAAAGCUGAGACCGUGGGCCAGCUCCACGUCUUCUUCGAGGAUGGGAUAGUCACUGUGACCCCAGGCGGGGGCGUAUGGGUGAAUGGUCGCCAGGUGGACCUCCCAGCUGACGUGUUGACAUCGGUGUCCGUGACGCGCAACAGCGACAACUCCCUACUCGUCCACCAGAAGGAUGGGCUUUGGGUGUGGCUGGGCGCCGACGGGCAGCUCACCGUGACGGCUGACAGUACCCGUGCUGGCCAGCUGUGUGGGGCCUGCGGAAACUUUGACGGAGACCCAACCAACGACAAGUCGGUCACGGAGAGCUGGACGGCACCGGACCUUUCCCCAUGCGAGGACUGA